AAGAAGACAGGUGAGAAAAAGGAAAAGAUAAGACAUGAUAAGAUUGAAAAGUACAUGUUACUGAUUCCGUUCCGAUUUCACGUUCCGCAGAUUUAUAGUUGACUCCCUCACUAACACUCGGCACCUCCGAAUUUCAUUCAACAACACUCUGAGAUGCAGCAGCAAGCAGUGGAACACCUUGACGUUCUAACCAAAACCGGUCUCAAAACCGGUGUUUCCAAGCCCAGGGGAGAUGUGCAUCGCAACGGCGACUACCACCGCGCCGUUCACGUGUGGCUAUUCGCGGAGCGGACGCAGGAGCUGCUCCUCCAACGCCGCGCCUCGUGCAAGGACUCGUGGCCUGAUCUUUGGGACAUCUCCAGCGCCGGUCACAUAUCCGCUGGCGAUUCGUCGCUAAUCACUGCUAGGAGAGAGCUUGAAGAAGAGUUGGGUGUAAUCCUCCCCAAGGAUGCAUUUGAAUUGAUAUUUAUUUACCUCCAGCACAGUGUCAUAAAUGAUGGAAAAUACAUCAAUAACGAAUUUAAUGAUGUGUAUCUGGUAACAACUCUUGAUCCUAUACCUCUGGAAGCCUUUGCACUUCAGGAAUCGGAGGUUUCAGCUGUUAAAUAUAUCUUUUAUGAAGAAUACAAAAGGUUACUGGCCAAAGAAGAUUCAGAUUAUGUCCCCUAUGAUGUAAAUGGAGAAUACGGUCAACUCUUUGAUGUAAUCGAAAAGAGGUACAAGGAAAACACUGUAGCACGCAGUUUGACUCUACAGAAGCAAAUAAGUCGUUAUGCUCCUGUUUCCCUUAGUGCAGAGUUAUCUGGGCUUUCAGAUUUGGACAGAAAGGCUCUGGGUUUGGUUGUGAAGGCUGCAGCUGUUAUGGAUGAAAUAUUUCUUCUACAGUCAUGGUACAGUAAUCCAGCUCUUAGUGAUUGGUUGAAGGAGUAUGCUGAUUCAUCAGAGUUAAAUAAGUUGAAAUGGUCCUAUUAUCAGAUUAACAAGAGCCCAUGGUCUAGCCUUGAUGAAGAUGUGGCAUUCUUGACAACUGCAGAUUCAGCAAUAAGGUUGUUCUCUAACGCGACUAGGACAGUCAGAGAUUGGAAGGGUGUGGAAUACAGAGCAGCAUUUCCGGUAUCGAAACCUGCUUGCGCUAAUUUCUAUCCACCCGACAUGGACAAAAUGGAGUUUGAUUUAUGGAAGGACAGUCUAGAAAAGGAUGAACAGAAAAAGGCAACAGGAUUCUUCAGUGUUAUUAAAAGGCACAGUGAAUUUAUUUUAGAUUCUCAUCAGUCUGCUAGUAAAGGAAGUUCUCAUGAUCUAUAUAUAGUUCCUUACUCCGAAGAAUACCAACCUCUUCUUGUAAAAGCUGCCGAUUUACUGCAUAAAGCUGGAGACAUUACCGACUCACCAAGUUUGAAGAGGCUGCUACAUAGCAAGGCUGAUGCUUUCCUUUCAAAUAAUUAUUAUGACUCAGAUAUAGCCUGGUUGGAAUUGGACUCUAAGUUGGAUGUUACUAUUGGGCCAUAUGAAACUUAUGAGGAUAAACUUUUUGGAUAUAAGGCUACCUUUGAAGCAUUUAUUGGAAUCAAGGACGAUGAAGCAACAGCUCAAUUGAAACUCUUUGGGGAUAAUCUGCAGCUUCUGGAGCAAAAUCUCCCUAUGGAUAGUGCAUACAAAUCAAAAGAUGUGUCGGCAGCUCCUAUCCGGGUUAUCCAACUUCUAUAUAAUGCUGGGGAUGUGAAGGGACCGCAAACUCUUGCAUUCAAUCUACCAAAUGAUGAUAGUAUUGUAAAAGACCGGGGAACAUCAAUGGUCAUGCUUAAGAAUGUUUCAGAGGCAAAGUUCAAGCAUAUUCUUCUUCCUAUAGCUGCUGCCUGUGUUGCAGAGGAGCAACAAGAACAUGUAGAUUUUGAAUCAUUCUUUACCCACACAAUUUGCCACGAAUGCUGCCAUGGAAUUGGACCGCAUACCAUAACACUUCCAAAUGGCCAAAAGUCUACUGUCAGAUUGGUUAGUUGCAAUACCUCACUUGAUCAAUUUCUUUGAUUGCUAAAAUUUCUG